AUGCAGGCAAAUACGACUGAAAACAAUGGAGCUCCCGAGUGGUGGAAAGAAUACAUCUCUUCCGACCCGCUUUUCAGCGAGCUGCAAGAUCUGAGAACGAAGGCCUUGGAAGCUUCGAAUACAGAUUAUCUCCCUAAAGCUGGACGGAAGAGGCAGAGGAUAAACGUCGAGGCCCUGCAAGCAAGAGUUGCAAAGGAGGAUCUCUUCCGAGGAAUGGAAACAACCGGGGAAAAGCUGGUGGCGGAAACAAAUAUCCUCAAGCUACACACGUCCACCCCUCAGGUCCUUGAUCUCUGUAUGGCUCCGGGAGGCUUCGUUGCGACCGUCGAGAAAGCGCUUCCAAAAUCAAUCAUCGACACAAUCAUUCUGCCUACACCCCUUGGUGGUUACAACGUUCUGAACCCACAUAUAUUCCGAUAUGUCAUGCACACUGAUAAAUUGAUAUACAACUUGGUCGACGAAGGAGUGGUGGAGAACGAUUUUGAAACCGAAUUGUAUGAAAUUACUCGUCCUUUUCUUGGCGGCCCGUACGACCUCAUAUUCUGUGGGUGUGCGCCGGCAAAAUACCAGCCCAGAGAAGACUACCAAAGUUACUGCGAAGCAAUUCGCCUGUCGCUGUCUCAAUUGGUGUUUGCCCUGGAUCGACUCAAGCCCGGGGGAUCGUUGGUCCUGCUUCUUGAUCGGAUUGAUGCCUGGCACACCGUGUGCAUUCUUCAUGCCCUCAGCAGGUUCUCUGAGAUACAGGUAUACAAACACCCCGAGAUACACGCUACCAAGUCGUCAUUCUAUCUCGUGGCAAAGAACGUCAACCUGGAUCACGAGGACUUCAAGCACGCUAUAAACAACUGGAGAGAUUUGUGGACAUAUAUCGGAUUCGAAGAUACUGUAGAUGCUCAACGGAUGACUUGGAGGUGUGACAAGAUCGACCAGGAAAAAAACUUCAAGAGUGAUUUCGAACAGUUCGGGCCUCGUUUCUUGGAAUUAGCACGGCCUGUGUGGAAGAUUCAGGCCACUGCAAUGCGUCGUGCAUCUUUCAAUCAAUCUCAUAAGCCUUGA